UUAUGUAUGUAAUUUGUUCAUCAUUUCAACAUUUCGUAAAUUCAUAAUCCUUUGAGUCGAAAUUCAUGUCUAGGACAACUUAUUAUAUUAGAGUAAUUUGAAAGAACGUACCAAAUGCAAAAAUACGAUCAUCAUCCAUAAAAUAACAAGCCACAAAAAAAAUUUACAGACUUCUCUCCCCGAAGAACAAUAAAAAUUACAAAUGCAAUCAAAACGUGCACAAGCUUACGAUAAUUGGAAAGUCUAUUCUUCAGAAGGGAAGCUAAUGUUUCGCUGCAAUAGCAAAAAGAUUGCUUGGUAUUUGUCAAGAAACUUAGCAAAUCAAAUCGCUCAUGAUAGUAUUCAACUAAAUUUCCAAUCUAAAGGAUUGGGGCAUGUUGGUGAUGCGUAUCAUCUGGAAGAUAAAUCAAAUUUAUGUGUUUGCUGCGGUGCUAGUGAAGAUUUAACUAUGCAUCAUGUGGUUCCUGACAUGUAUCGUAGACAUAUGCCCGAAGUUUUAAAAUCUCACGCGAGUUACGAUGUUCUUCUGAUGUGUGUAAGAUGUCAUGCAUCAUAUGAAAAAGCAGCAAAUGAACUUAAAAAGAAAAUUGCUAUCAAUUUUAAUAUGCCAUUAAAUGGAAACGGUCAAAGUCGAAUUAGACUAUAUAACAAUAUAAAAAUAAAAAAAGCAGCUUCGGCAUUAAAUCGGAUAGGAAUACCAGAAGAUCGGAUGCGAGAAUUAAAAGAUAUUUUACUUACUUGGCACCAACAGGCCACAGAUAAAACAAAUGAUAAAUUGGAUAAUAUUAUAGAAAAAGCUCUUAUGUUACCAGAUUAUGAAAGAAAUGAUGAAUUUGUAGAACAUGGAAAAUAUGUUGUCAAUCAGUUAUUAAAAGAUUGCCACUAUUUAACCGGAUUGGAAAAUAAUAGUAUAAAAAAGAAAUGGCCAAAAUUAGAAGAAUUUAUUUAUUUGUGGAGAGACCAUUUUUUAAAAAACAUGGAACCAAAAUUUUUGUCUAAAUUCUGGAAAGUCAAUAAUAAUAUAUAUGUAAUUAGAUAAUUAUAUAUUCUAAUAAAUAUAUUUCACAUCAUAGUAUUAUGCAUUUUUUUAUUUGUUUACCCUAAGAAUGUAAAGUUAUAAAUUUGGUU